UAUGGCAGGCAGGUUAGCAGGAGCCGAAAAGGGCCUCAUGCACAGCCGGAAGAUCAUACGCGUAAAGGGUAUCAACCACAGUUCCCACGCUGAGACACAUCGUCAGCAAGGCGUUUCUCGAAGUCUCGAGUACUCAUGCGCAAGGCAAGGCAAGGCAAGCUGUGGAAUGACGAGACUGACGGCGGCCAGCAGUCCGCAGCCACCGCCUUACGACAUGCCUUGUGGCAUCUGUCAACCGGCUGUAGUUUGACACGACCGAUCGGCUGUAGACGUUUUGGACAUGAUAUUUUGCGACCGCAAUCGGGUUGUUCUCGACGCAAGUGUUGCUGAACUUGUCGGCGCCGCGAAAUGACUCCAUCCAUGGUAACAACAGCACUUAUGGAUCAUUUCCACGGUCGCCACGAGCUGCAAGUAUCCGCAUCGCGGCGCAUGAAAGGUCGAAAAUCACGAGGGUGGAGAGAAGAGGUGGCACAAGGGAAUGGUCACACGAACGGCGGGCUGCCGAACCUCAUCAUGCCGCUGCCGCCGUCUCGGAAUUUGAAUGCUUCCAGAACGCAGUCGCACCUGACGACAACCACAAUCCACGGAUCAUACAAAUUGUUUGUCCUUGGGACCAGUACGACGUGGGCGGAAUACAUAGACAUGCGAUCCAAAGACCAGCAUGCCUCCGGGGUGGAGAUCGACCUGGCCGUGCGGCUUCUAUGGCUGCAGACACAUCUGCCACCCUCUCUCAUCUUCACCUACUAGUCUAAGAGGAAUAUAAGCACGAGGCGCACUCCAAGUUGCAGGAUUGCAAGCGUCUUCUACAUCUUUUUUCAAUAUGCCCAGUGGCGAGUUUCUCAGCAUGCGAUUGUACACUGCCCUCGUAGCGGUCUUGGCGACUUCUGCCCAUGCCACGCCUGUCGUAGGGAAGGACGGGAUUAUUGCACUGGACGCUCGCCAAGAAACAUUUGCCGCGACGACCACGGUCUAUGCCGCGACAACCACUGUCUAUAUCACAGUGACCGCCAACGCCCAGUCACUUCGGCCCUCGACACCCGCUUCAACGUCGACGUCGACAUCGGCGCCGGUUGCUGCUUCGUCUUCGACCCCUGCUCCAUCCUCGUCCUCCGCAUCUUCUUCAGCCUCUGCUCCCUCCUCAUCGAGCCCAGAAUUGACUUCUCCUUCGACUCCAGCAGACUAUGGCACGACACCGUACAGAACCGUCAUGUACUAUCCGAACUGGGACAUCUACGGGAGAAACUUCCAGCCUGCAGACCUUCCUGCCGACAAGAUCACACAUGUGCUAUACUCAUUUGCCAAUGUGCGCCCUGAAACUGGCGAGGUCUACCUCAGCGAUACAUAUGCCGAUCUGGAGAAGCACUACGCAGGCGACAGUUGGAAUGACGUAGGCACGAAUAUGUAUGGCUGCUUGAAGCAGCUCUAUCUUCUCAAAAAGCAGAACCGCUACAUGAAGACACUGCUCAGUAUUGGUGGCUGGACAUAUAGUGCCAACUUCGCAGUCGCUGCAUCGACUGAAGCCGGCCGCGCAGCAUUUGCUUCUUCGGCAGUUGAGCUCCUGAAGGACCUUGGAUUCGAUGGGAUCGACAUUGAUUGGGAGUACCCCCAGGACUCCACUCAAUCCGCAAACAUUGUACUGCUUCUGAAAGCGGUUCGAGCAGCCCUCGACGCCUAUGCCGCCACACUUUCCACCAACCCCCACUUUCUCUUGACAGUGGCCACCGCAGCCGGACCAACAAACUACGAAAAGCUUGACGUGGUAGGUAUGGAUGCCUCAAUUGACUUUUGGAACCUUAUGGCCUACGACUAUGCCGGUUCAUGGGACGACAACGCUGGACACCAGGCGAAUUUGUACACAGACACCGUCAACACCAAGAGCACACCCUUCUCAACCGACACUGCAGUGAAAUGGUACAUCGAGAAUGGCGUCACGCCCAGCAAGAUCACCCUCGGCAUGCCACUUUACGGCCGCGCAUUCACUUCCACGCAAGGCCCGGGCACGCCCUACACCGGUGUGGGAUCUGGAAGCUGGGAAAAUGGUGUCUGGGAUUACAAGGCGCUCCCUCAAGCCGGAGCAACCGAGUACUUCGAUCCCGUCAUUGGCGCAUCGUGGUCCUACGAUCCUGCUACGCAGGUCAUGAUCUCAUAUGAUACUCCGGCCAUGGCUCAACAGAAACUCCAGUAUAUUGCUGAUAUGAAACUGGGAGGCGCCAUGUGGUGGGAGGCGAAUGGAGAUAAGAAUUCUACUGCUGCUGGAAGGAGUCUGGUUCAACUCACCAAGGACAAGUUCACGACGGAUCGGUCACAGAAUGUGUUGGACUAUCCCCAGAGCAAAUAUGAUAAUCUCAAGAAUGGUAUGGAGUGAGAGUACGAAUUGAGCGAACGAGUGCAGUGAGUGAGUACCCUAGGAAAGAGAAAGAGAAAGAGAAGCCACACGCGGCCCCAUAGCUGUGAGAUGUCCUUCGCGCAAGGAGGAGGAUAUCAACAAUCAAUCAAUCACGUCAAUCAAGGAGGAACGAUAAGGGACAGACCAGGUAUUUUGAAACGCCUUGACGACUUUUUCCUUUUUUUUUCCUCUUUUCUUUUUGUGUUUUUUUUUGGGAAGGGGAGGGGGGGUUAGCUACGACGCUUUGUGGGAAUUUUGAGCGAGGGGAAUCAUCAUCAUCAGCAUCAUCAGCAUCAGCAUCAGAGCAACAAUUACGACAACAACGGCAACAACAGCAGUAGUUAGUAUGCAUAUAUGGACAGGAAAGGAAGAAAG